AGUGAAGACAGAAAAUACGAAAGGACAUUUUCAGGGCUCGCAAUUGACUCAGUUCCCACUCCGCAGAGCCCAAGUAUCAAAAUUACUCAGCAAGAGAAGGAAAGAAGGGAACAAAUCAGCGAAGAAGCUUUCUCUUCAAACAAAUUAACACUGAUCAGAUGGAUUCCAGUUCUGGCGAAGAGUCAGAUCUUAGCGAGUCUGAGAUUAAUGACUACAUGGAGAAGCCUUAUGAACAGCUUAAAUCUGGGAAGUACCAAGUAAAGGCCUUAAAUGGUAGCUUAAGAUGCCCCUUUUGUGCUGGGAAGAAGAAACAAGACUACAAGUACAAGGAUUUGCUUCAACAUGCCUCUGGAGUGGGCAAAGGAUCUGCCAACAGAAGUGCAAUACAGAAGGCCAACCACCUGGCCUUGGCAAAGUAUUUGGAAAUUGACCUAGCUAGUGAAGCAGAUCAGACCAUGCGUCCAGCUGUACCACGAGCUGUUAACCAAACUCCCGAGCAAAAUGAUCUCUAUGUUUGGCCUUGGAUGGGAAUAAUUCUUAACAUAGUAGCUGAGUCAAAGGAUAAAAAUGCAUUGCAUGAUCAAGGGUACUGGUUGAAGAAGUUUGCUAAAUACAAACCUUUAGAAGUUCAAAGUUUCUGGAAUGAGCAAGAUCUGACUGGACAAGCCAUACUGAAAUUCAAUAAUGAUUGGAAUGGAUUCAUGAACGCAACGGAGUUUGAGAAAGUUUUUGUAACUGAGCAUCACAGUAAAAAACAUUGGAAUGAGAAACGAACACAUCUUGGUUCAAACAUUUAUGGUUGGUGUGCACGUGCUGAUGACUACCAUUCUGACGGGCCAAUAGGGGAGUAUCUUCGCAAGGUGGGAAAAUUAAGAACCAUUUCUGACAUUGUCCAAGAAACUGCUCAGGAUAGGAAUAAUGUUGUGGCAAACUUGGCCACAAGAAUUGACUUGACAAAUGAAAAUUUGGAAGAAUUACAGUACAAAUACAAUGAGACGACUAUGUCCUUAAGCAGAAUGCUUGAAGAGAAAGAUAAGCUACACCUUGCCUUUAUUGAAGAGACGAGGAAGAUGCAGAGGCUUGCUCGAGAUAAUGUUCGAAGGAUCUUGGAAGAACAGGAAAAGCUGAAUUAUGAAUUGGAAACAAAGAAAAGGAAAAUUGACUAUUGGAGCAAGGAGUUGAACAAACGUGAGGCACUAACUGAGCGUGAGAGGCAAAAACUUGAUGAAGACAAGAAGAAAAAUAAUGAAAGAAACAAUUCACUUCAGUUGGCUUCUAUGGAGCAGAAAAAGGCUGAUGAGAAUGUGUUAAGACUGGUUGAAGAGCAAAAGAGGGAGAAAGAAGAGGCCCUGAAAAAGAUACUUCAGUUGGAAAAACAGCUGGAUGUUAAGCAGAAGUUGGAAAUGGAAAUUGAAGAGUUGAAAGGGAAGCUGCAGGUGAUGAAGCAUCUUGGACAAGAUGAUGCAGUUGUACAGAAGAAGAUGGAAGAGAUGAAUAAUGAGUUGAAAGAAAAGAUUGAGGAUCUGCAAGAUAUGGAAUCGACAAACCAAGCUCUUAUAGUCAAAGAGCGCCAGAGCAACGAUGAGCUACAAGAAUCACGGAAAGUGUUAAUUCAGGGUUUGCGAGAGUUGUUGGGUGCUCGAGUUAAUAUUGGAUUAAAGAGAAUGGGAGAGCUUGAUGAAAAAGCUUUCCAAAACACUUGUAAGUUGCGAUUUUCACCUGAUGAAGCAGCAGUACAGGCCACUACCCUAUGCUCGUUGUGGCAGGAGAAUCUAAAGAAUCCAGAGUGGCAUCCAUUCAAAAUUAUAAAUGAGGGAGGGAAUCACAAGGAAAUCAUAAAUGAAGAAGAUGAGAAACUACGAAAUCUAAAGCAGGAAUGGGGUGAAGAGAUUUAUGAGGCAGUGGUAACAGCUUUUAAAGAAUUAAAUGAGUAUAAUCCCAGUGGGAGAUAUGUUAUUUCUGAGCUCUGGAACUUCAAGGAAAACAGGAAAGCCACGCUAAAGGAAGUCAUUAAUUAUAUUGUUAAGAACAUCAAGACAGCAAAGCGCAAGAGGACUUGAGGCAAAGGAUCCAAUGAAACUUCAAGAGUUCAGGAUCUGACUAAUCUACUGGGAUAAUAUGCCUACGGAGCUGCACCAUAUUGCUUGAUCGGUCAAUUGUAUUUUCAGCCGCCUGAUGAAUCCUGAACUUAAAGAGUUGUUAGUAUUUUAGUUGGGAAAUAUUCUCGGUGACUGCGCAGUCUAGAUCUGCAAUCCUUUCUUUUUAUUCAAAUCAUUAUCAGCAUGGUAGUUGUUUAUGUUCAUCUAUCUAAAAAAUGCUAUGACUUUUUCAUGAAUGGCGUAUGCAUGAAAUUCAGUUGGCAGAA